AUGAGCUCCCAACAAGGUGAUGAGAUGCCAACUCCCACGAGCACUCAAGAAACCAAUGGGACCGCGCGAAGUUCCGGCCAACCCCCGAUGAUGAGUUCUCAGGCGACGCGAGACAGGCUUCAGGCACUGUUCCCAGAGGGUACCAGCGUGCCAACUCAAAGCAUUAGCAACGUCUGGCGAUCCUACGAUGACAUGGACGAAGAGGCCAGGCUUAUCGCAGACGACCUUUUGGGUACACUCGCCGCAUUCAAUGAUCAGCAACCCGUCUUCAACGAAACCGUGAGAAGGAAUUUCUGGAACAGAUGGGUAUUUGCCUCAGGCUGGGAUACCGACUGCACUGUUCAAGAGCCGGGCAGCAUCCGUAACAGGACAAUGGCAGAGUCUUCGUUGGAGGUUGGGACAAUCAUGCCAGGAAUGCCUCGACCCAAUGAGCGAGUGAAGAAGAAUCAGAACACACCUGCUCACCGACUCGCCGGCCAACCUGUGUUUCUGAGGCCACAACCAAACUGGGGUCACUACGGAGUGGCAUUCAAAUAUUCCGACAUCAGGGGCGGUGCCAUACCCUCCCAAUGGGUACAACAUUCCCCAGGCUACAGUCCUAUGCGCUGA